AUGUGGGAGGCUCAGUUCGUGGGCUUGCUGCUUCUGCAACUGCUGUGUGUGGCUCCAGUGGAAGCUCCAGGGCCCGACGCAGACGUCCCAGUCGUGUGGGCGCAGGAGGGGGCUCCUGCCCAGCUCCCCUGCAGCCCCACAAUCCCGCUCCAGGAUCUCAGCCUUUUGCGAAGAGGAGGGGUCACUUGGCAGCAUCAGCCGGACUCGACUCCACCCUUUCUCCCUCCCAGCGACCCGGCCCUCGGCCUCCGCCCGGUGGCGCCCUCCGCCCGCCGCUACACGGUGCUGAGCGUGGCUCCCGGAGGCCUGCGCAGCGGGCGGCUGCCCCUGCAGCCCCGCGUGCAGCUGGAGGAGCGCGGCCUCCAGCGCGGGGACUUCUCGCUGUGGCUGCGCCCGGCUCGGCGCACCGACGCCGGCGAGUACCGCGCCUCGGUGCGCCUCGGGGACCGCGCCCUCGCCUGCCGCCUCCGUCUGCGCGUGGGCCAGGCCUCCAUGACUGCCAGCCCUUCAGGGUCUCCCAGGACCUCCGACUGGGUCAUUUUGAAUUGCUCCUUCAGCCGGCCUGACCGCCCAACCUCUGUGCACUGGUUCCGGGGCCAGGGCCAAGUCCCUGUCCAGGAGUCCCCCCAUCACCACUUGGCUGAAAACUUCCUCUUCCUGCCCCAAGUCAGCCCCUCAGACUCUGGGCCCUGGGGCUGUGUCCUUGCCUACAGAGAUGGCUUCAGUGUCUCCAUCAUGUACCACCUCACUGUUCUGGGUCUGGAGCCCCCAACCCCACUGACAGUGUACACUGGAGCAGGUUCCAGGGUGGAGCUGCCCUGUCGCCUGCCUCCUGGUGUAGGGACCCAGUCUUCCCUCACUGCCAAGUGGACCCCUCCUGGGGGAAGCCCUGACCUCCUGGUGUCCGGAGACAAUGGCAACUUUACCCUUCGACUAGAGGCUGUAAGCCAGGCCCAAGCUGGGACCUACACCUGCCGCAUCCAUCUGCAGGGGCAACAGCUCAGUGCCACUGUCACUUUGGCAGUCAUCACAGUGACUCCCAAAUCCUUUGGGUUACCCGGCUCCCUGGGGAAGCUGCUUUGUGAGGUGACUCCAGCAUCUGGACAAGAGCGCUUUGUGUGGAGCGUCCUGGACAACCGGUCCUGGAAGAGUUCCCCAGGACCCUGGCUGGAGAUGCAAGAGGCCGGGCUCCCUUCCCAACCCUGGCAAUGCCAGCUGUACCAGGGAGAGAGGCUUCUUGGAGCAGCGGUGUACUCUACAGAGCUGUCUAGCCGAGGUGCCCAACGCUCUGGGAGAGCCCCAGGUACCCUCAGAGCAGGCCAUCUCCCUGUCAUUCUCAUCCUUGCUGUAGUCUCACUGCUCCUUUUGGUGACUGGAGCCUUUGGCGUUCACCUUUGGAGAAGACGGUGGCGACCAAGAAGAUUUUCUGCCUUAGAGCAUGGAAUUCACCCUCCUCAGGCUCAGAGCAAGCUAGAGGAGCUGGAGCAAGAAUCGGAGCUGGACCCAGAGCUGGAGGAGCCUGAGCCAGAGCAGGAGCCGGAACUGGGGCCGGAGGAGCCGGAGCAAGAGCAGCUCUGA